UACUAUAAAUAUACAUAAUAUACAUAUACAUACAUGCAAUAGAAGAAACACAAACAUAAAUAUAUUGAUAUAUCGUACUAGUGGCUAUAGUGAGGAUAUUAAUUAAAGAUGGAGCUAACGAUAGAAGUGAAGAAGACAACAAUGGUGAAACCAGCGGCGGCGACACCUCGACAUGUGCUGUGGAAUUCCAACGUGGACCAAUUGGUGCCAAGAUUCCUUCAUGUCUCAACCGUUUAUUUCUACAAACCAAAACAAACUCAUCAUCAUAACUUUUUUGAUUCCAACAUACUUAAGGAAGCCCUAAGUAAGGUUUUGGUACCCUUCUACCCGGUCGCCGGUCGCUUAGUGGCUUCCUCCACCGAGAGCGGCCGUGUCGAUAUCGAUUGUAACGGUGAGGGUGUUCUCUUUGUGGAGGCUGAAACCAACUCUUUGGUUGAUGAUUUUGGUGACUUUAAGCCUUCACCAAAGCUUAAGUCUUUGGUUCCUUCUGUUGAAUAUUCUAAGGGCAUAUCUUCAUAUCCCCUUCUCCUCGUUCAGAUAACUUAUUUUAAAUGUGGAGGAGUAUCAAUUGGUGUUGCGAUAGAACACCAUGUGAUAGAUGGUGUAUCUGCUAUUCAUUUUCUAAAUUCAUGGUCUGACAUAGCAAGUGGUAUUGAACAACUCAAAACUCCACCAUUUCUAGAUAGAACUAUACUUUGUGCACAUAACCCACCUACACCUAUAUUUGAUCAUGUUGAAUAUGAAUCUCCACUCACUAAGAAAACUACUACAAAUGACAACAUUGACAUUGCUAUUUAUAAGUUGAGCAAUGAACAAUUGAAAACAUUGAAAGCCAAUUGUGUUAACAAUGAAGAAGAAGAUAACAAAAUCAAGUAUAGUUCCUAUGAGAUAUUGGCUGGUCAUAUUUGGAGAUGUGCGUGCAAAGCUCGUAAACUUAGUCAUGAUCAAGAGACUAAGUUGUAUGUUGUGGUCGAUGGAAGAUCGAGGCUGCAACCACCGCUUCCUCCUGGUUACUUUGGUAACGCAAUUUUUACUACUACAACGAAAGUUAAGGCUGGUGAUUUAGUACAAUCGAAAUCGUGGUAUGCUGCAAAGCAAAUUCGUAGUACAUUAAAGCGAAUAGAUGACAGUUAUUUGAGAUCAGCGUUGGAUUACUUAGAACUUCAGCCUGAUUUAUCAGCCCUAAGUAGGGGUUCACAUACGUUUAGAAGUCCUAAUCUUGGAAUCAAUAGUUGGAUUAGGUUACCUUUUUAUGAGGCUGAUUUUGGAUGGGGUAGACCAAUUUAUGUAAGACCUGCUACGAUUCUCUAUGAUGGUAUAACUUAUUUGCUAUCUAGUCCAGAUGAUGAUGGGAGUGUUUUUGUGGCAAUUGGUCUUCAACAUGAUCACAUGAAGGAUUUUGUGAAGUUUCUAUAUGACAUAUGAUGUAUGGAUGUAUGACUUAGUUAAUUGAUGAUUUUCUAAUAAGGAGGGGCUUUGUGUGUUUUUCACCCUUAUAUAUUGAUGAAUGUUCUUUUUUUCUUUUUUCUUUUUUUUUGAAGCUAUUAAUGAAUGUUUUGGUGGUA